AUGUCAGACAACGCUGAAACUGUUACUACAAAUGAUAAUAAAACAGAAAAGGAAACAUCACCAUCACCAUCACCAUCAUCAUCGUCAUUUGAUAAUAUGAAUAUGUCAACACCAGUUCGUCUAUUUGGACAAUUUAAACAAAAUGGUACAGGUUUUAAUAAUUUUGGACAAUUAUCUUCAAAUGGUGAAAAUGCUUCAUCAUCAACAACAACAACAACAACAACAAGUUAUUUUACAAGUACAGUUUCAAAAUUAUCAUCGACAAUUAGUGGAGGUUUUGGUUCAUCAUCAACAUCGUUAGCUGCAUCACUUGCUCCAUUGAGUUCAAACAAAGCAUUAUUUGGUGGAUCAAGUACUACGACAUCAAGUGUAUUGAAGAAUGAUAGAAGAAAUAAAGAUGACGAUGAAGAAGAUGAAGAUGAUGAAGAAGAUAAAGAAGAUAAUAAUGAUGAUGAUGAUGAUGAUGAUGAUAAUAAUAAAACAACACCAUCAUUAUUUGAAACGGCAGCUGAAUAUGAAGCUAAACGAGCAUCAACUCAUCCAAUAGUUAAUAUUCAAGGUGAUACAUCAACCGGUGAAGAACAUGAAGUAACAAAAUUUCAGAUGGCAGGCAAAUUAUAUAUGUAUCAUCCUGAACAACAACAAUAUGCUGAACGUGGUUAUGGGAUUUUGAAAAUAAAUGAAAGUCAUGAUCCAUCUGAUUGGAAUAAAUUACAUGCACGAUUGAUCAUGAGACUUGAUAAAGCAUUUCGUGUUAUUCUUAAUUCUCCCAUAUUUUCACAAAUGACUGUUGAACGAGCGACAGACCGAUCAGUACGAUUUGGUGCUCAAGAUGAAUCCCAUUUACGAAUAUUUGUUAUUAAAGCUUCUGCAAAUGAUUGUGCUAAUUUAUGUAAAGAAUUGCAAUCACGUAUACAAAUAAUUGAACGCCAACAAUCAUCAUCAAAUAUUAAUACAGCUGCUAAAAAUGAUACCAAUGAAUUAGACUCUUCUUCGACGUCAAAUUCAAUAAAUCGUAUUCGUAAACGAUCUCAUUCAAAAAAUGAUUCGGAUACCGAAGAUAAUACAAAUGAUCUAUCAAAAAAAUCGAAAUUAAUUGAAACAUAUCGAGAUGGAAAUAAAGAUUCAAGUGAUGAUGAUGAUGAUUCUGUAGAAAGUACUAAAACAGGCGAACAAGAAACUAAUUCAUAA